GCAGAGCAACUACGCGCACGCGCGCGUUUCUGACCAAUCCCUUUUCUACGGAGAGGUUUCGUUGAAUGGCGCAAAUGUAAUUCUGUUUGUGAUCCAGGCAAUGAGGUAUUCCAGGAUGAGUCGGGUAUGUGUUCUGGUGCAUAUAAUGGAGUGUGCUCGGCUUCAUUCGGGCCAUCUGAACCAAAGCAAGAUUCUAUGUUGUCUCGUGAGUGGAGUGUGUGCUCGAUAUCUGUUCGCCAUACUUCGAAAAUCGCCCGGCAAUUUGUCCAGAAUUUUGUCGUCGAAUUCAUCAACAUAGACGUUUUGUUGAAGACAGGCUUCAGCGUCUUCGAGGACAUGUGGUGGGAAGAGGAAGUUAAUGGUAUCGUCGAAGUUGGUAGUCGCUGCUAUGAGUGCGAUAUUCUAUCGAUUUCCGGAGCAGUCUUCUCCGAUGCGAUUUACGAAUGUCGUCAAUUGCAGCCCUCAAUUUGCGGAUCAUCCAUGCUACGGAUUGCAGUGUUGAGACUCAAAAUCCGCAUGCCUGGCCAUAGCGCCGAUGAUUUCACUGAUGCUGCCAAAGUUGUUGUCUCUCCUGCUCCACUGACAACGGGACCUGCCUGCCGAAAAUCUCCUAAUCCUACAAAUGGUAUUCCGAUAUAUUCCGUCUUCAGCAGAAGGAGUGUUGGAACUUGGCACCAGCUUCCGCUCACUCCAGCAUGUGCUAGCACGAUGCCGCCAAGUGAUGGGCUUUCCCUGUUUGAUGUAUACGUCGCACUCUCUUGAAGACAUGGUGGAGAGGAUAUACGUCUUCUACAUGAUUUUGACGAGAAGUUGCUAACAACUCACCCAAGUGAAUAUCCUUGUAUUGAAGACCAAUGGACUUGACCAGAUAACGGAG